UGCUGCCUCAUUCACAGCACAACAUGCAAGUAGGGAAUGUAUUGAAUACAAGAGGGAAAGUAUUGAAGCAGGAAAGAGCAGCAGCCAGAUGGUGAGUCAGACAGCCAUGCGAGGCCAGCGCGGGGUGGAGAGCGAGUGCAGGUGCUGGAACCCGGCCGUUUGGCUCCUGGUGUUCCUGCUGGCUUCCUUUGUGUUGGUGCCUCUCGGCGUACUGAGACUAGGAGGCAUGAAGAUAAACAAACGAACUCUAACCGGCAACACGAUGCAAACCUUCGCGAGGACGCAGUACCAAGUCCAACUGGUGAAUGGACGCAACAGGUGCGAGGGCAGAGUCGAGGUGCUCUACAACGGCUCGAGGGGCACGGUGUGCGACGACGACUGGGACAUGGUGGACGCCAACAUUGUGUGCCGGCAGAUGGGAUGCGGCGUGGCCGUCGCCGUGGGGAGCAGCUCUCGGUUCGGACAAGGCUCGGGACUCAUCGCGCUGGAUAACGUGGACUGCCGGGGAAACGAGGCGGACCUGAGUCAGUGCAGUAGCCUGGGCUGGGGUGUCCACAACUGUUACCACUAUGAGGAUGUGGGAGUUACCUGCAGAGAACUUGUGUUCUUGGGGGCCAGAGAGUUUGCAGAGCCCACAACACCCAUGGUCAGGUCUGGAUUACGCGAUGGCGCUCUCCGCUUGGUGAACGGCAUGAACUCCUGCCAGGGUCGGGUCGAGAUCUACUACCAAGGAAGCUGGGGGACGGUGUGUGACGAUGACUGGGGGCUCCGCAACGCCAUGGUGGUGUGCCAGCAGCUAGGUUGCGGCAGUGCGGUCUCCGCCCACACCAACUCCUACUUCGGCUACGGCACCGGGCUCAUUCUCCUCGACAACGUCAACUGCUACGGCAACGAACAGGAGCUGAUGAGGUGCAAGAGCCUGGGCUGGGGAAAGCACAACUGUGGACACCAUGAGGACGCCGGGGUCACCUGCACUGGAACAACUACUGUUCCGCCAGCAGUUACAGACGUACGAACAAUCAUCUUGGGAACAACAGGCACCACAGUGACAGAGAGAAUUUCAACUACCAACCCUACAACAACUACAACAACAACCGUAACCACGACUACCCAAGCCAAAGGCAACCCGACCGUCCGUGUGAUGAACGGCAACAGCAGCUGCCAGGGUCGCGUGGAAGUCCUCUACAAAACCAUCUGGGGGACGGUGUGUGACGACGACUGGGACAUCCCCAACGCCAACGUGGUGUGCAGAGCGCUCGGAUGUGGUCCGGCUAUCGAGGCCAAGCCCCUGGCCUACUUCGGCUACGGUUCAGGGCCCAUCCUGCUGGACAACGUGGACUGCAUUGGCACAGAAAACGACCUGUCCCAGUGCUUCCACCUGGGCUGGGGUCAACACAACUGUGGUCAUCACGAGGAUGCCGGCGUCAUCUGUGCACCUCCCCCACAGUUGGACCCCUUGUUUUUAAUGCCAAUCGCACGUGACUUCUUGGUGACAGAAAGAACACCGGCGACCACGACACCUGCUGAAGGAGCGCUGAGGCUGGUGGGCGGCCAGCACCAGUGCGAGGGUCGAGUGGAGUUGUACCUGACCUCGCAGUGGGGCACGGUGUGCGACGAUGCCUGGGACCUUCCUGAUGCCCAGGUCGUGUGUCGUUUGGUGGGCUGCGGGGAAGCCACGCACGCUUGGGGACAGGCUCACUUUGGACCUGGCACAGGAACGAUCCUGCUGGACAAUCUGAAGUGCAGCGGCACGGAGGCCUCCCUGCAGCGGUGCUCCCAUAUAUCUUGGAACGUGCACAACUGUGAUCACUCCGAGGACGCCGGCGUGACCUGCUCCCUGUCGUGAUCGCAGCGUGACCUCGCUCCCAUCUCCCGCCGCGCUAGGACUUGUACACAUUAUGUAAAUACCAACUUUCACAUCGUCGAAGGAGUACCCCAUGGAAUAAUAUAAUAUACACAGUAAAGUUAUAAAUAUUAAGCACUUUAUAAAGAUGAUAUUAAAACUAAAUGUACACAUUUCAGCAAAUGUGUACAUUUAAGUAUAUAUUUAAGCUAAAAGUUUCCCAAUUAUAGUUUUGGGUGUUAGUAAAUGCUCACAAAAGGGUCAGAAUUAGAUGACAGAGAACUGGAUGCCAUGUUUGUUGAGGCAUUCGAUGAGGGUGGUUUUUGGCAAAAGCUUUUAACUGUUUUUUUUUUUGUGCUAAUAUUUACUGUAUGUGAUCCAAGUACUCAAGGAAGUCCAUCACUUAAGUCUGUUGAAGACACUGAAGGAAGAAUAGAGGUGUGAUAAAUAUAUGAUAAAAGUACAAAUGGAAGACUUGGUACUGUAUGCUAUAAACCAGAAGAAUGCAAAACUCUGUCUUGUGAAUUUCUGAAGUAUAUAUGCAAUCUUUAUGUUCUGUGCACCCUCAUA